CCUCACUGGGCGUCACUCUCCUCUGGGGGACCUCAGAACACAAUAAGUGUCACCUCUCCUGUCCUUUCAGCCUCCAGCCCAGGAUUUGGCAGAGUUCCUUUCAGUGGUUAUCAGGUGGCUGGGGAGGCAAGAGUACCAGGUGUCAGAGACAAUCUACUGUUUGCGGGGGCACCAUCGUUGGGGCCAGAGAUGAGGGUUCGACGCUUGAAGUUGGGUCUGGUAGCUACCUUUAUGCUUACACUGUGGCUGGUGGCCUCCUUCCUGGGCCAGGAGUCCAGCCAGGAUGACCUCCGCAAGAAGGCCAGCACACUCUCAAGUACUUGCCACUGCCGCAGAAAAUCUUCUAGAAAGUGUGCCUGUUCAUCUGAGAUCUAUGAAUGCGUCCCUUGCCUCCACACACCUGGAGAGUCUGACUGGUUUGAUGAACGCUUUGAAAAGGCCAUGGAGCCUCUGCAGAGGUCAGAAGAGUCCAUGUCAUCUGAUGCUCUGAUACUGUGGUUGGUAGUGGGAGUCUGGGAUAAGCCCCUAAAUUCCUCCCUCAUAUGCUCCUAUGAACUUCAGGGCAUCCAGUCAGAGGAGUUUGAGAAUCAGAAGCAGCAGCCAAUUAAAACGUCUCCCAAACACCCAGUGGGCCGUGUGGGGCCCAGGUGCCGGACCUGUGCAGUGGUUGGAAACUCAAGGUUCCUGAGGGGCUCUGGCCUUGGCUUCAGAAUUAACCAACAUGACAUCGUCCUCAGGAUGAACCAGGCCCCUGUCCAAGGCUUUGAGAAGGACGUGGGGAACACGACCACCAUACGCAUUAUGUACCCCGAGAUAGCCAGCACGCAGGAUCCUGGCACCCAACUGCUCCUUCUUCCUUUGAAUUCAUCUGGUCUGAAGUGGUUCAUGAAAGUACUGCAGGAACAGAAUGUCAUCUGGAAGCCAAAAAACCCUGGAUAUCGGAUGGUGCAGUUCCCUGGUGGAAGUACAGAGAGCAAAGACGAGGUCUUCGUGAUCAGCCUCACCUUCCUCCAGUACGUCCAGGAUCACUGGCUGAGAAAACAGGAUCAGUUUCCAUCCUUGGGGUUCGUGGCUCUGUUGUAUGCCUUGCACACCUGUGAUCAGGUAUCCUUGUUUGGUUUUGGGACAGACCAGCUCAUGAGGUGGUCCCAUUACUGGGAUGAUAAAUAUCGGUUCAAGAGCAAAACGCACAGUUUUGAAGAUGAGCAACAGAUCAUCCUUAAGCUGCAAUGUGAGGGGAAGGUUGUUAUCUACAGCUGAGAUAGUCCUCGGCCUGUCCAGACUACUGGAGGCCCCAGGAGGCUGACAGGUAGUCAAGGGGACGUUGGAGUGUCAAAGAGGCGCUGGGGCUUCAAGUGGACUUUGGAUGGAGAUCCCUCUGCUACUGAAUAAAACCCUAGCUUAUUUCUCUCA